AGUCCUUUCGCAUACAAGAUCGCUCGACUAUACAAUUCUAAAUCAUAUGUACGAGGAAGAGUAUGCUCUGGCAAACAAUCGUUCCGCAACAAAUGCAAUGGUAUCUUCGCUACUUCUACACACAGCAGAUCUUUGGCACAUAUGUUGUAUGCACAAACAGCACAACAACCACGUUUUAAAGAUUCGGGACUCAUUUGAUGUUGCCAUUCACGAAUGAUGUCCAAUUUAUCAUCAGAAGACAACACAACAGGAAAGAGUGGAUCGUCCACGGGACACACACCCUGUGGAUUAUAAGCAUCUCGAUGUUGAGCAGCAUUCGUAUUCCUCACGCCAACGCGUUCAGAUUCACAAGCUGCCGAACGAGCAUUACGCUGAGACGCAGCAUGCCGCUGACGAGAAGUUUCUUCGAAAGGCUCAGGCAACACAUGAUUGGAAUGAUGACGUCUAGGAGUCUUCAAGUGCUUAAAUACAAUGGCAUUAGAAAUACACUCAGUUUGACAUACGUGUACACGAAGCAAAUCACGAACGUGAUCCUUUCGAUGGGAAGAAGACACAUAAAUGAGAUGUGCACUCGCGAUCUGUGCAUAUUGCUCUCGAUUAAGCAUCGGAAAAUUGUCCACGACCAUCCUAAGAUGGGGAGCCACGACAGGCAACAACACACCGGCAGGAUAUUGACUACACAUAGGCAAACGCUCGCGAGAGACCUCGAAAAACGCAAAGAACCUGCGCAAGACACACGAUGACACAACAGAAGUCCCAUCAUCUGGAAGCUCGUGAUCGGAAACCACAAAUGACACAUGCGGAAGAAGUGACACAGCUUCAUUGACGCUAGUGAGAGAACUGGAAGCCAUAAGUUACUUCGAAGACAAGCAAAAGGACUAC